UCCGCCUUCGGACGGUGGUCGGUGCGCAGGCGCGCACCCCAGUCGCCCAACCUGUAAACAGCAGCCCGCGGGAGACAACUUCUGCUUCCGGGUCACGCCUUGACAGCCGCUUUCACCACCCAGGUCAGCCCCACGGUUUGGCAGUUUGGAGCAUGUGAACGUACUCGGAGCCUUGAUGAGUUCCAGUAUGUGGUAUAUUAUGCAGAGCAUUCAGAGCAAAUACUCUCUCUCAGAGCGCUUAAUCCGAACAAUCGCUGCCAUUCGCUCCUUCCCACACGACAAUGUAGAGGACCUCAUCAGAGGGGGAGCAGAUGUGAACUGUACCCACGGCACGCUGAAGCCCUUGCACUGUGCCUGCAUGGUGUCCGAUGCGGACUGUGUGGAGUUACUGCUGGAAAAGGGAGCUGAGGUGAAUGCCCUGGAUGGUUACAACCGAACAGCCCUCCACUAUGCAGCCGAGAAAGAUGAGGCUUGUGUGGAGGUCCUGUUGGAGUAUGGUGCAAACCCCAAUGCACUGGACGGUAACCGAGACACCCCACUUCACUGGGCAGCCUUUAAGAACAAUGCUGAGUGUGUGCGGGCCCUCCUAGAGAGCGGGGCCUCUGUCAACGCCCUGGAUUACAACAAUGACACCCCGCUCAGCUGGGCUGCCAUGAAGGGAAAUCUUGAGAGCGUCAGCAUCCUUCUUGAUUAUGGUGCAGAGGUCAGAGUCAUCAACCUAAAAGGCCAGACGCCCAUCUCCCGCCUGGUGGCUCUGCUGGUCAGGGGACUUGGGACAGAGAAAGAGGACUCUUGCUUUGAGCUCCUCCACAGAGCUGUUGGACACUUUGAAUUGAGGAAAAAUGGCACCAUGCCACGAGAAGUGGCCAAAGACCAGCAGCUGUGUGAAAAGCUGACUGUUCUGUGCUCAGCCCCCGGGACCCUCAAAACACUCUCUCGCUAUGCUGUGCGCCGGAGCCUGGGACUCCAGUAUCUGCCGGAUGCCGUCAAGGGCCUUCCUCUGCCAGCUUCUCUAAAGGAAUACCUGUUGCUUGUAGAAUAGCCUGGAGGAGACGUCAGGCCAGCAACUCUGCGUAAGGUUUUGCCCUGCAGCACCGUCUGUCUUGGAAAACAGGGAAAGCAGUUGUUCCUGUUGUGUGGUUUAUAUUUCAAGGCAACAUGUCACAACAGUAACCUUCACAUCACCUCCCCUCCCCAAACCAAGCAAACAAAAAAAUGUCCCUCACUUUUGUUUCUGUUUCUUGCUUACUGGGCCUUUUAUAUUGCACCCUGCAAAGAAAGAGGUCUCCCCAACCCUCAUUAGGGAAAGAAAUCAACAGUGAGACUGUAUUUCUCUGGGGAGAUGAAGAGUAUUUAUAGUAUGUGCAUUUAGUUUGCCUUUGGGAACAUGAUUAACUUUUGGAAGAAUCCCUCUAGAAACAUUUUAAUUGAUCUGCGAAGAAGUUUAAGAAAACUCCAGCUAACAGCUGCAGCCCAAAGAUGAAGAUACUACCACCUCAGAUGGUGCACAGGUUCAGAACUGGGCCCGAAGUCCCUAGAAUCAUCCCUGGGCAUUCAAAAGGGACUGGCCCCUUCUUUCUCACCACUGAAGGGGAGUUUUUGCUGCUUUUCCAUGAGUGUGCCCAAGGCUUACAGUAGUUCAGCAAUGUUAUUUUAGAAAGAUUAUCUUGCUGCUCUCCAUGCAGUAGAAGAGAUAGGAGGUUCUAAGCAGUCCUAAGAACUUUUCUUCGAAUGCAGUUUUCUCUUCCUAACAGCCAGUUUGUGCUAGUGGGCUUGGCAGGCUCUUCCUGCACCCACCAUUGAGGGAGGUGUCUGCUGUAGCAGGGGAGGACAUGAGCUGGGCUGCCUUUUCUCAUGGGUCUUUCAUUCACUCUGCUAAGAGUUUGGAGUUUGUUUUCAGUUGUUUUGGAAACUUUGCUUUUUACUGAUCUACACGAAAAGACAUUGGUGGUGUGGGUGGAGUUGGGGAGUGGGGGAAGAGCACUUAUAAGAGCUUUCUCUGAGAUGACCCACCUACCCAAAAGAGAUCUGUUUUAGUGAACAAUACUUAGUCUAAGUACUCUUCCUCUUCAUGUUCCUAAGCUAGAUCAAGUUGUUGAUUCUAGAUGACCUUAUGCAAUGUGAAAGACUUUUUUUUUUUAACUGAUUGGGAACUAUAAAUAAAAAAUGAACAGAAUCUGCUGACACAGCUAAUUUGAAAAAGUAUGUCUGCUUUUGUCCUUUUGUUAUUGGUGUUUUUUGCUCACUAAGGAAAAAAAAGGAAAUAAAAAGGUGUAAAAGCAA